CGUACUGGUCAGAAAACCGGCGGUUGCGAUGCGUCGAAGUCUUUCAAGAAGAAGGAAAAGUUCCGUGCGUUCUUCGAUGGGCCAGCCACAGACGGGGCGCUUGUCUCAAGCGCCUCCGUCGCGGCUACCGGUGCCCGUCUCUCGCCCUUCAAGUGCAGCAACUGCAGCUGCCUCGUCCGUGAAGCCACAGCUAAAGCCAGGAGGUUUCGCAGGACUUCCCAAUUUGCGCAGAACGAGUUCGAUGCUGCCGUAUGGAAGUGGACGACCAUCCAGCGUUUCCGCUAAAGGUGGUGCUGCUAUGAAGGACCAUCGCCCUUUGUUAGAUAAAGGCUAUCAAAGUCAGCUCAUUAAGAAGUUGAAAGAUUUUCUUACCAAAACCAACUACCCUUAUCCAGUGACACACAAGCAGCUACAGUCUCCGUCUUCACGAGAGUUUGUAUCCAUGUUUCAGUACGUAUACAGCUUUAUAGAUUCAUCAUGCAAACUGACGGCAAAGUUUGACGAGGAGAUUCCUCUUCUGCUGAAGCAAAUAGGGUAUCCAUUUGGUAUCAGCAAGAAGUCUCUCUUAUCUGUUGGUAGCACAUUUACAUGGCCUCAUCUGUUAGGAGUUUUUUCGUUUCUCAUUGACGUCAUUGGAAUUUCUUGUGCAUGUGAUGAGAGUUUGUUCUCGGAUGCCAACGACUUUGGAUGUCAUGAUGAUGAUGAUGACUGGACUCCCAAAGAGUUAGAGGCUGAAUUAAGGAAAGUGAGUGGAAAAUAUUGUAAAUACUUGAAUGGCACCCUGGACCUAGAGGAUGUUGAUGCUGAAGUUGAUGUGGAGAUUGAUCAGGAGUACAAGCAGGGAGAGGAGGAUGUUCGAAACAUCCAGAAGGAAAUUGAACAUUUGGAAACUGAAUAUGAAAUGGCACAGCAAGAAGAAUUUUUAGUGGAAGAUUAUCAACAGAAAUACACUGCACUUUCGGAGGACAGAGAUAAAUUCAGGGAGUUUAUUGUGAAGUCUACAGAUCGAAUCAAGUUUUAUGAGAAGAAGCUAGACGAGCAACUGGAGGUGGUCCAUGUUAAAGAAUUGGAGAUUGCUGCUAUCAAGCUUCAUUGUGAAGAGCAAGAGGAAAUUGUGGCGAAUCAAUCAAUGGAUAUUAACGAACUGAAUAGUCUAAAGCAAGAGACAAACAAACUUGAAGCCGAACAUCAACGAAAUAAGGAGAACGCACAUGUUGCUAGACAGGAAUCACAAUGUUUAGACAUGAAAUACAGCAAAACUCUUGCCAGUUGUGAGAAAGCAGUAGAUGCUGUGAAUAAAAUGUCCAGAGAACUACAGUUGAUACCUCCAAUGGCUGCUAAUGCUAAGGGACGGGAUUUUAGCGUGAAGCUGGACCUAUGCGCAGGAAGUGAUAAACACAGAAGGACAGCAUUGUCAGAGAUGAAAGGAACUCUACUGCCAUUGAUUGAGAUUGCAAUUGAGGAAGACGAAGAGGUAGUGCAACAGCUAAAGUCAACUGAGAUUACUGAGCAGAGUGAAUGUACAAAGCUGCAGGAAGCCGUCGAUGACAGACAAAUUACUAUUACUCGCCUAAAGACAGAAAUAGACCACAUGGAAAGAAAAGUCAAACGUUUGGAGAAAGAGACAACGGAGAAAGCUAAAGAGAUCCAGGCCGGAUACAGCACCGCACUCAGUGACCUCGAGCAGAUUCAUCUCGGUGAUAAUUCAGCUGUCGUGGAAGAAAAGAAACGUGAACUGAAGAUACUGUAUCAAAGCUUUCAAGAUCUGAAGUUGGAAAAUGAACGGGAAUACGAGGCAGAGUUGACGAUUUUUAAUGGCUUGAAGGCAAAGGUUGAGGCGCAUAUGCAGAAAUUGCAGAGGUUUGAGGAGGAGAUGUUGGAAUGUUUGGUGACGGCAAUGGAGAAGAGUAAUGCAAUAUCAAUGCCAACCGACUAUUCAGAUGAUCUCGAGGAUUUAUAACGAUUUAAAGAGGCUUGUUGAGUUGAGACAAGUAUGCUUACUCGAAAGGCUGUGUUUGUUGCAAAAUCUAGGGCCUGAUACUCAGCAUUAAAAACUGAUACAUACAUUACUAAUAGCACUGAUACGCAGCUCUAGUACGCAGCCUUGUUUUAAGUUAUAAUUUUAUAAUAGAAACGUUUAAUUAAUUGA